AGCACAUCCAAGCGGCUUCUUAUGGAACACUACCACACACUUUGUGGAACACACCCGUUACUCCUCUGCUGUAUCGCAGGAACCACGUCCUGAGUACGCGCUGACAUCUAUACCACUUCAUCUAUUUUUUUUUUUUCGUAUACGACCUUAAGAAAAGAUUUUCCUUUUCUGAUACGGCAAGAAGAUGUCCGCCGCUGAAUUUGAGAAGUACGAGAAGCUCAUCUCGCCUCUGCGGUCGAAGCUGUCGAUCUCGCAGAAGAUUGAGAUGUACGGACUGUGGUGCGUCGCCGCGCGCGGUAAGUGUACUCGCCGGCAGCCAUUCCGCGCCAACCUGCUCGAGUACGGAAAGUGGAAGGCGUGGAAGCGGUACGAGAACCUUAGCCAGGAGGAGGCGCGUGCGCAGUUCAUCGCCAAGUCGAAAGCGCUCCUGAAGAGCCAUUCGUCGAAGCUGUAA